UAUCAUCAUUUUCAAAUGAAUUCAAUAAAAUAACUACCUAAAUGCUUCCUAGAUUUUUCCUCACUAUUUCAAUGAAGAAGUAGGCAUCACCUUUUUUCCACGAAACGACACUUAAAAUAUAAAUUGCAACGAAAUUAAAAAUGUCAAAAAAUGCAGCUAGUAGCAUUUAAUAGUUUACAAUCAUAUUUGUCCCAUUUUUUUUCCCAUUUGCCCCCUCUGUUCUCUUUUUAUCCCUGGAAAAGGGAUCUACUUUUUUGGGUUUUGCAUAUUCAUACCCAAGAGUUUCAUUUUUUUCAAAACCAAUCCAAAGAUAAUCAAAAAGGAGAAACCAAAGGUUGAUUCAUUCUUGCCCUCAACUCCAAUGGCCCAGAAGGUUGUGCUGAAGGUACUUACCAUGACUGAUGAGAAAACAAAGCAGAAAGCCAUAGAAGCAGCUGCAGAUAUUUUUGGAGUGGAUUCAAUUGCUGCUGAUCUGAAUACCCAAAAGCUAACAGUUAUUGGUGAGAUGGAUGCUGUUGCUGUUGUGAAGAAAUUGAAGAAAGUUGGUAAAGUUGAUAUUUUAUCAGUUGGUCCAGCUAAAGAGGAGAAAAAAGAAGAAAAAAAGGAAGAGAAAAAGGAGGAAAAGAAAGAGGAGAAGAAAGAAGAGAAGAAAGAGGAAAAGAAAGAGGAGAAGGUAGAGGAAAAGAAACAUUAACUAUUUUAUAUUUUUAUUUUUAUUUUUGUUUUUUGGGAUUUUUAAUGUUUUAUCUAUCCUUGAAUAAAUUAUGGGAUAUUUCCCAAUAUGAGCAAAUGAUAUAGAAACUGUAUGUUGUAAUUCAUAUGAUAUGAUAGUUCUUCAUUGUACUAUCAGAAAAUAUAAAUUUGAUUGUCCUUGGCCUUGUUAUGUUAGACAAGUAAGACAAGUCUCUAUUCAAUAAUUUGCUGAUUGAUUCUAUUUA